AGCAUGUCUUACGAAUAGCUACAUUACAAACAAUUCCUGAUCCUAAAUUUAAACACAACUCGUAAUAUAAAUCACCUUAUAAACACAUUUAGUCUAAUUGGAUGACACUGACGUGACGUUUGCCUAGACUGGAGAACAUAUGUUCUUAGAAAUGAGACAGGUAAAAGACGAACGGAAAGUGUCACGGUGCGCGUGGAAUUGACAUUUGUUAGUGCUGUAAAAUGGAGAGGAUUAUUUGAUCCUGUCAACAUUUGGACUACAUCUUGCUCAAGGAGGAAUAUAAAGCCAUGCUGUAUCCUUGAAUCCAAGAUUCCACCCCAAAGACAGCCCAUGGAAUAUCUUAACACGUGGCCGGAAAAUGUAUCCAGUCACUUGGCCAGCGACUGCCAUUGAAUUCACUUGUAGCAUUUAGUUUCCUUCGAGAAAACCUCAGCGGAGGAGCCGUGUCUCCACUGGCGGGCCAGCCUGUCAUCUUGAAUAGGAGCCAGUAAAUGAGCUUCUGCCCGGGCAGGCGUCACUUCCUGUCGCCUGCUGCUGCUGCGGUCGAGCUGUGUAUUCAGCGCACAGAGGGAAUGUGCGCUCUGCUCUAACCCUUUUCACACCGCGAUAGCCCCCCCUCCCAUUUCCUUCCCCCUAUUCCCCAAACAAACAGCCAAGCUUCCCCUCCCCUCCCCCACGAGCCUCUCCUCACACACACCCAUGCUGCAUGAGGCCCGGUUGAGUGCGUGAGUCAGUGAGUGGGGAAAGUUGCUCCAGUCAUUUCUGUGUGUCGGUGUGUUUGCCAACCACUCGACUGAGGCAGCAGAAGCAGCAGCACGCCCCUCUGGAACACAAGCCCAGCCAGCCCUGCAGCAUCUGAUCCCAGGUCUCUUCGACAGACCACCCCGGCAUGGAGAGACCCUAGGGGUCUGAUCCUGCUUUCCCAAUCCCAGCUCUGAGAACCUGCACCUCAAGUCCCAAAACUCAAGGCCCAAGGAGAGCGUGUGUGAAUGGAGACUGGACAGCAGAUGGCGAAGGAUGGGGACACAGAGGAGGAACCUCUGCAUCUCUCUGGGUGCUCGAACGAGUCCGUGUUCGAGGAGGAGCCAGCGGAGGAUGCGGCCAAGGAGAAGGCAGAGAGGGAGGCUCAGAAACAGCUCAUGGCCACAGAGGAACUGGUCUACACGGAGAAGAACUACCUGAGGCUCCUCCAGGUCUGCACCAGCACCAUCAGGAGUAACCUGCAGGCGUUACAGCUCCCUAACCUUGACAGCAUGUUCCUGUACACUGAGGAGGUUAUUGACGUUUCGGGGCGUCUCCUUAGUCUCCUGGACCAGAAGCAAGUGACUCCCCGUGAUCCUCUCUUCGUGGAGACGCUGUGUGAUGCCUUCCUCAGUCUGUCAACAGACAUCGAAUCAGCCUACAAGGAGUACUUGGCCAACUACAGCAACGUCUCUGCGUUAGAAAAUGUCUACAAGCAGAAAGAAUCCCUGUGGACUGAGAUAAUUAAAGUCAUCAAGUCAUCAGCGCCUGAGGUGAAUGCCACCUCCCUGACCUUCUUCCUAGUGAUGCCUGUCCAGAGGAUAGCCCGCUACCCUCUGCACUUUCAGACCAUCAUGAAACACACAGACCCCGGCCAUCCGGUAUACCCUCUCCUGGAGAACACAGCCCACACCGCCAUAGCCCUCAAUUGCAGGAUAAACGAGUACAAGCGCUUCAGAGAAGUUGCCGACAAGUACAAAAAGACAGAGACCCUGACCAUACGAGAUAAGAUGAAUCGGUUGAACAGCCACAGCAUAGCAAAGAAGACGGCCAGACUGAGUCAGUUCAUCAGACAUGAGACUGGGAUUUCUCCAAAGAUAGUUGAUGAGGAGUUUGAUGCCUUGGAGGGCUUUUUCUAUCUCCUUGAAGAUGGUAUAGCCACACUGCAUGACAAUGUGGAGAUAUAUCUCCACCAUCUACAGAGGUUCCUUAGUUGUCGCCCGGAGGAGUUUGAUCUGGACAUGGACGGGGAGAAGCCUGCUAUAUGCUACAAGGAAAUCACAACAGCAUUGAGGCAAUGGAUACUUCCUACCUAUGAAAAGAGGAUGAGGUUGCUGGUCCACAAGCCCCUCUGUGGGCUGAGAGACCUGCUGGUGGGGCCUCGUAACCUGAUCCGGAAGCGUCUGGACAAACUGCUAGACUACGAGCGGAUUGAAGAGAAGCCCAGUCUGACUUACGACGACCAGGAAGUGGCCAACACCUAUAAGACCAUCAACACCCUUCUCCUCAAUGAGCUGCCCAAGUUCAACGGCCUGGCCCUCAGCCUGCUCUGGGGCAUGCUGGGAGCCUUCAGCAGCCUGCACAAAGACCUGGCUGAAGACAUGGAGCAGCUAUUCCAGGGCUUUGCCCAACAGCUCCCGCACAGUUCCCUGGAGCCUAAGGCAUUCUGGGAGUGGGCAGAGUGUUCGGUGCUGGAGGGUGCAGAGAGGCUGGAAAGACUGUGUCAGGAUGUGGAGGAACAACUCAAUGCUCCCAUUGUCCAGCCUUUAAGUCCUGGGUCUCAGAAGCGUCUGAAGGUCCUGUCUGACAAGCAUGGGUCAGAGAAGAUCUACCAGCUGACCGGUCCUGUUGUCGGUACCAGAGACCUAGAACUGAGCCUGAACAAAGGAGAGCUGGUCUCCGUCAUCAGUGAGAUGGAUACACGAGGGGACAGACGACGCUGGCUGGUGGACGCAGGGGGACCGAGAGGAUACGUCCCUUCCUCCAAACUGGUCCAUUACCAACCGGUGACCAUGGACAUGCCGCCUCAGCUGACUGCCACGACUACGGACCGAGCCGAGGGGUUCCGACGACACUCGUACACCCCUGACAUCAGGCCACGCCCCUCCGACAUGCCCAGAACUCAGCCUGUGAGGACCAUGUCUGUGACCAUGCCCCGCCUUCAGGUGUUUGCUGGCUAUGAUUUCAUGGCCCGAAGCAAUCAUGAGGUCUCUCUGAGGGCGGGGGAACCGGUCAAAGUCAUUGAACCCCACGACAAAAAGGGCAGCCGUGAUUGGAGCCUGGUGGAGGUGCGGGGGCAGAGGGGCUAUGUACCCUCCAAUUACCUGGUAGCGAUGCCCACAACAACAAUGGCCACCUCCCCCUACCACUAGGGUUGCCCGGGGCAACUAGCCACUAGCUGAUCAACCUUUUGCUGCCCAGGCACCUUAUCUCAACAGGAUACAUUCUGCCUCUCUCUAAAGACUACAUCCACAGGAGGGAGAGGGCGGGAGUGUGUGAUUAUAAUGGGUGACCGGUGUGGGAGUCUACGAGUGACAUGGAGAACCUGAAGCUCUCGACUGCAGCUCCAGUUAAAGUCACGGAAGUGUGAAGUUGCCUCCGUCACUAGCAGAUUUUAUUUUUUAUUAUUCUUUUAUUUUUUUUGGAGGGACUAGCAUUGUCUCAGCACGGCGUUGGGGAUGAAGGAAAGCGGGCUGUCAACCACCUUCUCUUAAAAGUUCAUCCGUCUCUCCCUUGUCUCUCAUCUGCUACGAAGUCUGGAUUGCUUGCUGUUAAACGGACGGAAAUAUGUGCUAAACCCUGACGUGCUCUAACCGCUGACGUAUCCCUCUCACAGUGAACCUGCCACAGAGGUUGUCGCCAACGCAACCGACGCUCUGGCAAAGUGGUGUCAUGAUUCUGAGGGUGAAAAAUGUUGGAUACAAGAUGAACUGCUUGACUUCAUUAUCAAAUGAAUGAAUCGAGCUGCUGUUCAUCUGGAUGGAAGCGUAGCUCGUUUGAUUCCAGAUAUGAAAUGGCAGCAUAAAGGUCUGUUACUGAAGAGAUGUCUCCGUUUGGUUGUCAUGGCUUAACCGUUCUUGCAUUGCUAAGUGGCACCUUCUCAUUCACUCAGCUGUGAGUGCGUUGCUUAGAGACUAAAUGGUGUUUACUGCUGCUGUGCCUGAGCUGAUUGGGCCACAAACUGGCCACUAGGGGGAGUAGCACACCAGUUCUUAGCCAACAGACAGCUUUGUGUGCUUUAGCAUCUUCAUUAUUACCUCAGUGAGUAAUUGGUUCUAAUGCCUGGUGGAUGUCGCAAACCAUAAACUCUCAACAGUGUUGUCACAUCCAUUUGACUAGCUGCUUUAUAAUACUGUAUGAUCUAAACAAAAUAUGUUGGCUCUGUGAGGUUGCUUUCAAAAUAUCUAUUUCAUCAUUUUUUUUAAUGUGUUCUUUGAUUUAAUGUAUUUAACCCAGCUGGGCCUUGGGUCAGGCUUUUAUAACGGCUCUUCUGAUAGGAGAUAUGAAGAAUGAAAUGACUCAGUAUUGCCAAAAAUGGCUUCAAAGGAAACAGCUCUGUUCUGUUGGUGCAGCAUUGUCAUUGUUAUGCUGAUUGCUGCAGAAUACUGUGUGCCCUGGAUAAUACAAAACUCGAGCUGGGUAUGCAGCUUUACAUGAAGUCACCUCCAUUUUACUGUGUUGGCUCAGAAGAGGAUCUGGUGCAGUUUCGGAAUGUCUUUAAAGGAAUGGCUGCAGAUGGUGGGCCAUUUGAAAAAGCUAUUAUAUCAGAUCUCUUAUUCUGAGAGCACCAUAAUGGAGGGUAGUCAAGUGUAAACGGAUGUCAGGGCUUUUAGUGUUGCACUUUACCAAACGACGUUAUAACACGAUGUGUGCCGUCCUUCAAUGUGAACAUACGUGUGUCGUGUUCCUGGUCUGCGGUUUCCAAUGAAUCAGCCAAGGAUGGGGUUGUCUCCCUGCAGCUAUAGUUAGUCUUAGCAUGACAGAACCAUACGCUGGUCUAAAAAUACACUCUCUCUUAUUCAGUGGUUCUAUAAAUAGCAUGCAAAGGAUCGACAUAGGAUCCCCUAUUGGAUCCCUGGGCCUCCCCCUGCUGGCCACUGUGGGAAAUGCAGUCCUAUGUCCUUUGGGUGGUACAUCACAUAUCACAGCUACUGUUACGCUUGAUGACGUAAGGUAGUAUACAUACUAGUUAGUCUGAGUCCUUACAGUCCUUGCAGUCAAAGGUUUUUUCUAAGCGCGGCUGAAACAAGGUUUCCCUUUUGUUUCUGUGAGCUGCAGGCAGUGUGAAGAAGCAGCUCGGCAGAAGCAAUGUCUGUUUAUCUAGCCGUUACUUCAGAUGUACGUGCUGGACAUAUCGUCUGUUUUAAGGGGGGGGGGGGGCACCGUGACAAGGAAGCCCAGGAGGAAGCAUCUGGGGCCGAGUGGCAUAGUCCCUGGACUAGAAUGUAAAUGUUACCCUGGCUAAUUGAAGCCAAUGACUGGGGUAUCGAAGACCGUGUGGGACUAAGGUGGUGCUGGGUGGAGCAGGCAAGGAAGUGGCUCCCCUAACCCCUAGGCCGCCAAGAUAACCUCAACCACUGACUGUGUUUGUGUGUGUCACAGAGAGUAAGCCACAGUGUUCAAGCUUAACAGAUUUCCUAGUCAUCCGGGGGAUUUACUUUGGUCGUCCGUAAAUUCAGAACAUCAGCUGUUCUUCCAGACCCUCUUAAGACUUAAAGACUGAUGUAACCAGUGACAUAAGAGAUGCAAUUUGUAUGUAGUCCCUUGAAAUUUGCAGUUGUUCAAUCCAUUAUUUUGCUACUCACUGCCUGGAAACGGAAGAAUAGAUAUAUCCAUUUGAAUUAAGUUAUGUAGCCUGCUAACGGACCUGUUUCCUGUCAAGGUGAUGCUUUUACAUCAAGCUGCAUGGUGCUGGUGAAACACGUGGUCGACUGUUACCAUACGGCUUCAAAAUAGACUGCUUACCCGUGAAUUUACUUAUGUGGCCCUUUAAAGGAAUUGCUUUGAUGUUUAACAACUGUAUGCGUUGAAUUGGCCUUGAAUUUGGUACCAAAGGGUAGUCAAGGGUUGUUUACACACUGAUCUCAACUUUCCCCAUUAGGGCAGUGACCUUUCCCUUGGUGUUAAUUACAUUGGCCCUUGUGUAUGGUGACAUUGGGACAGAAUACCGUGAAUGGUUUCCCCACACCUCCUGAGGGGGUUGAGAGUUGAGAGACCUGUUGGGGUCAGUGAGGAUUCUAACUGGAAGGAGACUGUUGAUCAUUUACUGUGUGUUCCAGUUCAGAGCUAAUAGACUCUGCUGUGUCUCAGGGGCAUGUUUCCCUUCCGUUCUAACUUUCCUACCGAGAUGCCACAUUUUUGGUUUCUCUCUAUUUGAACCCUCUGACAUGAAGGCACGAACUGGCUACAAGGCAGCACGUGACUUGGCUGUGGUGGAAGGAUGCUCGGGUCUGUCUUGUUUUUCAACAAACGGGACCGGGAACUCCCAGCCCAAUUAUAUGAAGAGUCUGACUGUUGUGAACCAGGCAGGCAGGCGGUUAUAUGUAAGCCACACUAUAGAGCCCCCCCCAUCUCUCUCUCUUGUAAACAGUUGGGACUAGAAUGUCAGUGAUGUGAUCUGUCAUCACAAGGGUACAGGACUUAGGACUCACUAUAUAGUUCAGUGGGUGUGUACACUUCAAGGCAUGGGUGGGGGGGGAUUGUUUAUGUUUGAUAUCAAUGAGGAGCCCCUCGCCAUCCCGGGACACACUAUGGCAUCCCCUCGAAACCUGAUAAGACACUUUAUAACACUUAAGUGACACCCUAUAAGUGUCAUGUAUUACACAUGCAGUUCAAAUUCAAAGCCGCUAAACCAAAUUUCUAAAUUUAGCCGAUACAGUGGCAGGCUAUCAGAUGUUUGUUUUUAAUCAAUUUGGUACUACUAUUUUGAGCUUACACUUUAAACCGUCAAUCAACUCAUGCUCUGGUGUUGUAUAGUACCGUGUACUUGCGGCUACAGUGAAAAUGAAGUGUUUCUUGCUAUGGAAGGAAAGGUUAAGUUUGUAUGUUGCACAUUUUUCCAUCAUGUUUAACAUUAAACACAUGUAAAAACA